CUUUCUCUGGGUGGAAGUUGAAGGUGAAGAAGGUGAAGGGAGGAGGAGAGGGGAUGGGGAUCAGAUUCAUACUGAUGGUGAACAAGCAAGGCCAGACCCGCCUCGCCCAGUACUACGAGUACCUCACCCUCGAAGAAAGGCGCGCCCUUGAGGGCGAGAUCGUCCGCAAAUGCCUCGCCCGCACCGAGCAACAGUGUUCAUUUGUUGAGCAUCGCAAUUACAAGAUUGUCUAUAGGCGCUAUGCAUCACUUUUCUUCUUGGUUGGAGUUGACAAUGAUGAGAAUGAGCUUGCGAUCCUGGAGUUCAUACAUUUACUAGUGGAAACCAUGGAUCGUCAUUUCGGCAAUGUGUGUGAACUGGACAUCAUGUUCCACUUGGAGAAGGCACAUUUCAUGCUGGAGGAAAUGGUCAUGAAUGGAUGCAUUGUGGAAACCAGCAAAGCAAACAUAUUGACGCCGAUACAGCUGAUGGAAAAAUCAUCAUGAAACCAUACCCAGUAAAGUGUCCUGAUUUUCUCUUGACGGCGCACCAAGGGUACAUAUUAGAGAACUCAGGGAGAAUUAUUUGUUGAUGGUAUAUCACGAAGUCUUGCUCUUUAUAAUGAGCAAUCCGUGCUUUGGUUGUAGAAUUUUUCAAGGACGAAUUGUGGAUUUCUGGGGAAACUGAUCACGGGGGCAGUGCAAUCUUUUUGCAAUAUCACCGGAGUUGUAAUGUACAUUUCUGAUAAAAUGUCUGAUAUGCAUUCAAUUGUUCAUCUCACCCA